AAAGGGGACACAAAUUAAAGAGAGACACGGCUCCACUACAGAAAUCUGCAAUUUCAUGAAGGUCACCCCCUCCAUACUGCCUUACCAUUCUGAUCUGCUGCACUUGUUUUCGAAGCACAAUGGUUUUACUUGUUUCAGUGCUCCUUGGCAUACAGGCGCUUUGCUCCUGGGCUGCCUCUCCUUCUGCCAGAGAAGCGAUGACUGCAUUGCUUUCCCCGACCUGUGAUGACACUGCAGUAGAGGAGGCUGCAGAUCUGGCUCUUCACCAGAUCAAUGCUGACCGAAAAGAGGGCUACAUACUCAGUCUCUACCGAAUUUUCAGUGUCCGAGAACAUCCUCAGGAGAUCACUGGUUCUGUUUUCUACCUCAUCUUGGAUGUAGUAGAUACUGAAUGCCAUGUACUCAGCAAAAAGUUGUGGAAGAACUGUACAGCCAGACUUGCUCAUAAAACUGUUUAUGGUCAAUGCAAAGCAAUUAUCUACAUUAAUCAGGCAAGAAAUAUUGCUCAUCUGAAUACUUAUGAGUGCAUUUUACAACCAGUUCCACCCAGAUAUAUUUGGUCAGUAUGUCCUGACUGCCCAGUUGAUGACUCUCCAACUGAGCCCAAAUAUUUGGAGGCUGCUGUUCAAAGCCUUGCUGAGUUCAAUGAAAAGAGUGAACAAACUCAUUAUUUCUCUGUCCUAAAUGUCACAAGAGCUUCAAUGCAGUGGGUCGUUGGUCCUGCACAUUUUGUAGAGUUUUUAAUUCAGGAGACAUCCUGCUCCAAAAAUGACACGAUUGCUGACAUCUCCAAGUGCAAGCCACUUCCAUUGGAACUAGCUCGAAUAGGUUUCUGCAAAGGCUCUGUAGUAACCAGUCACGUGGAACUUAAACAAUUUAUCACAAUAUCCUGUGAACUCUACGGUCUGCAGGAUCCUGCCUCUGAAGAGGGGAAACAGCAACCUAAUAAGACACCUGGAAAAUCCAACCAGAAUGAUCAACAAGGUUUCCUUUCAGAAACCAAUCCUUUCUCCCCCCACCUAGAAAAAACAGUGGGCUGGGUUAAAAUUCUGCCCCCUUCAACUGAGGACAUGUCUUUCCAAAACCCAUCAGAAAGUCAAAAUGAACAUAAAGAUGGAAAGACAGUUCCACCUGAGAUGGUAGGAUCUAUGCCCAGUCUUGAUGGAGCAAAAACUCAAGCAGACAAACCAGACUUGACCAAACCAGUCACUGGACCAGUUAUUCUCCCUUUCCCUGAAGAACUUUCUCUAUCAGACUCAUGCCCAGGAGAAGCAAAGAAGAUAGAUUCCAUCCUCCAGCCUUUGCUGCCCAAAAAGCCUACCAAAGUCUAGCCAGCAUCCGAUCACCUCAGCUACCUGCAACAAAAUAAUGGCCACAACAGCAACCUGGUCUUUCAAUUUGCAUAACAUCUUUAAACAGAUCAAUUGCUUUUACAGCCUUCACCUUUGGAGUUCUCAGUUUUAAUAAAGCACAAGAAUAGAUUAGAAAAAGAAAUUUAACUGGAGUAUUUUCCAACAAAAGAAUUUGGCUUUUAAUUCUCAAAUUCCUCCCAUCAGUAAGACCAUGAAGGAAAGGUAACUGCAGAGGGUAAAAGAACUUGCAGGGUUAAGACAGCCCAAAGGCAUCAGAAAAAAACAUCUUCAGCAGCAGAGGUCUGUCAGGGCACCGUGCAGGCUGGGUGCUCCCCAGGGGAUAGUGAGACGGAGCCAAUCAUGAUAACCAGGCUGGCAGGGCAGGGGCCUGUCCCAUGCUACCUGAGUGAGGCAAGCAGGGCAGACGCAGGGGUGGUAGUGAGGCUAGAUCAUUGCAUAAGUUCAUGGGCGAUGAGGCAGGUCUGAGGUCGAGCCAGGAACAUGAGUUAGCCAGUCAGGGUCAGGAUCCUGGUUACGGUAUCCAGAGUCAGACACAGCCUGGUGGUCUCCAAGCAAGUCCACAGUGACGAGGCAGGUCUGCAGUCAGGCCAGGAAGACAGGCUGCAGGUCUGAAUCUGGGUCUGCAUCAACAGGGUCUAUGGCCAGGCAGAGGCACAGCUGCGAAGCAGCUGGAGCUGUAUCUACAGCCUCAGCUUAAAGCAAGUCCUGCGGGAGCAGGGUCAGGUCGGCCCUGGCCAUGGCCGUGGCCUCCCCACAGUGCUGCCUGGGAGCCUCUGCCCAGGCCAGCGCGGGGAAGGGGAGCAGCCUGGCUGUGGGGCCGCUGACUGGGCCUGAGUCCCCGCCAGGAGCGAGGACGCUCUCAGGGCCCUGACAGUCACACCCGCUGCAAUGCUCUGUACUUCAACAUUCUUUAGCAGUAAAAGCUAGCGGGGUUUUAUUAUUUUGUGGGUUAACCUCUUAAUUAUAAUGUGAUGAGCCCAGCCUACUUUUUUAUUUCCCAUGGAAGAUCUCAAGAAAGAUUAUCUUUUUCCUAAUGCUUUAUACCCUCACUUAAAGAAAGUGGAAAAGGCUACCUGUGUGUGAAACCUGUGCUCAUAAUUCUGGCUGGUGGAGAAUGAAGCCCAGGCUACUCAGGUUCUUAUGCUUUACUGACCCUGCUGUGCAGGAAAAAUUAUGAUUUACAAAAUCAGCCUAAUUCUUUCUUGAGAUAGGUCAUAUUAACUGCCUUAUAAUAAAAACCACUGAGACACUCUACAGCCUGUAGCUAGGAAAAAUCAAUUUUAGUAAAGCCAGACAUAGCAACUGUACUGACAAUAACAAAUAUAAAUAAAUGAGAAGACAAGAAAAAGAAAAAGAGCGAACAUUGGAAAGAAAUGUCAUUUGUGGCCAGGAGUACACUGAUAUUCUCGAUAAUUAUGAGACUCGUAUGAGACCACGGAGCCUUUCUCUAGCUGCCACCAGAUCUGUAAAAUCAUUUGUUCAAAACAAAAUCAAUAAAAUAUUAUUGUUUCUGAAGCUUUUAUGCUGCUGAAUCAUCCCUGGAGAUGCUGGGAAAUUUCUCUGUUCAGAGAGUCUUUCAACAAAAAUUUAUGGUUUUGUUAAAGUAUUCUGGCAUUAUGCAAUUUGAUUAAAAUGUAUUAUUUUAUUAUUAUAAAUAAACUAUAAAUAAAAUUA